UAACACUUUUUUUUUUCUUUGGUCGUCACUUGUCAUAGUGCCGUUGGGCUUUGUUCUGUCAGUGAAUGCUUAUUAGUGGUGACUGGAAGAGAUGAGACUGAACAAAACCCUAGAAAUCUAAGAGAAUGUCAUCAACUAGAGGUCCUGCUGGUGGAUCAAAAGAGACUGUUGAGCCUUGGAAUUGGCAAAGAGAGGAAUAUUGUCUCCCAAAAGCUUCGAAUUUUGAUAUGUCAGAUUGCCAAUGGAAUGAAGUGACUUUGAAUGAGGAAGAUAUUUCGUACAUGCUUGACGAUGAAACUACUCCUGUUAAGGCAUGUGGGGAUUUGCCUUAUCAUGCUACUCAUAGUGGUAGCAUAAGCAAGGAACCAAUGGAACGAAAGGAGACUUCUUCACAAGUAAAGAGGCGAAGGAUGCUCCAGUUUGAUACUGAAGUAGCAGAUUCAUCCACAUUCAGGAAUGAGAUGCCAUCUGCAUUUCUAAAUCCAAAUGAGAGGGAGAACCCAGUUGAUGAGGUUUUACCUGAAGCACCAACUUGGAUUUCUGGUUUUUCAGCAGAUGUCCCUGACUCCAAUUUCGAGGGCAUUGAUCAGUCAUUUGAAGGAUGGCUUGCCCAAUGCCUUAAUGAUUCUGAGAUGAAUUGUAGCCUUAAUGAUAUGAACUUCUCCGGAGCAUCUGAUGCACAAAUUGAUAUUUCAGAUUUCAACAAUCCACAACCUGCAUAUGAUGCUAAUGUGGUUCAACAGCAUGCACCUAGAACUCCAAGGAAUAUUGUUUUCAGAGGUAGAAAAUCCAUCAUGACUCCAACUAAAUUAGCUUCUUCAGUUGCCUAUCCAUUUGCCUUCAUUAAACCGUGUGGUGUCCAAGGAGAUGUUACUUUGAAGGACAUAAACCAGCGGAUCCUUACUCCAUCCAAAUCAAAGCAUAAUAUUGAAGAUCCUGCUGCCUACCCCACUUCAGCAUUUUCUGGGAAGCCUGUGGUCGGUAAAACUAAAAUUCGUACAGAAGGAGGAAAAGGCAGCAUCACAAUUAUGAGAACCAAAGGCUGAUUAGGUAAGUUUAAUUUCAGAUCUACCUUUUUGUGGCACUUUCUUUUGGCCCUAUAAUAUUCUGGGUUGAUGGAUCUCUCUGUAUUACAUUAUUCAAGGGCUGUCUAGCUGAAAAAAUGAUAUUGAUUUUUUCUUUUUUGGAGUUUUUUCAUGGAUUUCAUAAAUCACAGCGAACUGUUUAUGUUGUCCAAGUUGUAUUUUAGGUUUCAAAUAGCUGAUGUAUUGUGAUCUUGACUUUAGACUUUAAUGUAAGUUUGAUGUAUUCUACUGGCUUCA